UUUAUGUUUAUGGUUUUUAUUAUAAGUUAAAAAACCACCAAACAUUUUGAAGCGUCAAUUGUGGAAUUGUGGUUGAAGGCUGAAGCAGCACACAAUUAUUUUAUUGACGUUUUUUAUUUAAUCUUAAAAAACUGCAUUCCUCUGUCCAAAGGCUUGUCGUUGUUGUUGGGUUCGUAAACUGCUCACUACUAUGACAACAUCAAGGCGCGUAGCAGACAGGAAGGUGGCAAGGUUUGAAAGAAAUAUUACAAAGAAAGGAUCUAAGAAGGGAUAUGGUUACCCAGUUGGCCCAAUUCUAAUUGGGUUAAUUGUUUUCAUAGUUGUUGGAUCAUGUCUGUUUCAGAUCAUUAGGAAAGCUUCAAGUCGUGGUGUGGCCUAAAGCAAGAGGAGUGUUUAUGAAGAGUUUAUAUUAUCACAAAUAGUAAUAAGUGUAUAGAAAAAACAAAAUACCCUAGUUCACAAUUCAUCAGUAAUGAGUUGAUGGAGUGAAAUGAGAACUUUGCUUUAAUAAAUAUAAUAAAUAAUGAUUAAUAUUCAAUUUCUAGCA